AUUUUUCUUAUUUAAUGAAAAUAAUCUAUCCAAAUUGCUAAAAGCUUACUUACAACCAAUUAUCCAUAUAACCAUGGAUUCUGACAUCCAAAGACAAAAGGCAAACUCCCAUGAAAAGGUUGUGAAGGUAGCUGCCUGGGUUUGAAUGCUGGCUCUGCCCCUAGCUGAGUAACCUGGGGUUCCAGCUACUCGAGACUUCUGUCCUCAGUUUUUCCAGCUGUCAAAUAGCCAUGAUAAGAGUACCCAUCUCGGAGGGCGGUGGUGAAAUCAGAAUGAGUUAAUAGAUGAGCUUUUAGGACAAGGCCUGGUGCAGAGUAAAUGCUGAGGAAGGGCAUCACCAUCAUCAUCGUUCUGGGGAUCGAUGCCCUACCCUCAAUGGGUGGGAGGCACUCAAGGGGUUAAUUUCAGGGUGGGGAAGGGAGCUGUGGGUUCUGCCGAGUGUGGCCACCAGAGGGAGCAGCCGGACCCGGGCUGGCCCCUCUGAGCCUUGGCGACAGCCCCCACCACACCCUUCGGGGGAGGGGGCUGGCUGGGAGUGGCCAGUGUUGACCUCAACUCCUAAUGGCCUCUCCUCCCACGCCCCUCUUGUCCGCGGAGCCAUCCGGUCCCCACCCUGGUGACAUCCUCCUCGUGCUCUUCGAAUGGGGUUUAGUGGGGAAUCUGGGGAGGGGGCUGGCGGGAGUGGCCAGGGCGACUCCGGCCCCUGGCGGCCCCUCCCCCGCCCAGGCGGCCAUCCAGUCCUUUCUCCAGGGACCUCUUCCUAUGACCUCUGACCCCCUCCUCCUUCCCGCCCUGCUCUGCCUGGCGCACCGCGUGCCCAGUGAGCCCCUUUCCCAAACCCUCGGGGAGAAAGGGCGUGGGAGGUGGCAAAGAGGCUACAGGGAGCUGGGAGGGGGGUGAGGGAGAAGAGAAGUGCAGACACCAGGCAGCAGGACACACACACACACACACACACACACACACACACACACACACCAGGCAGAGACCUAAAGACGGAAAGACUGACCAAGACAGAAAGAAAAACAGAAAAAGAGAGGCAGACAGAAAGAGAGGCAAAGACAGAAACAGCGACAGAAAGUGGGAAACACUAACUCACAGUGAUAGAAAUACCAAGAGAAAGAAAGGCAGAGACAGAAAGAGAAACAGAAAACGAGACGCCAAAGAAGUACAGGAGGAAAGCCGACUGGAAGAAAGACAGAGGAAGAGGAGGAAAAGCCAGGGCAGAGCUUGCCUGCGGGCAGAUGGAGGGGUGCCUGGCAGAGAUGUAGUGGCCUGGGCCGAGCUGGUUGGGCUGAGAGGAGCAGGUGCCUCCGCCGGGGGCGAGGGGGUGAGGGGCAUGGGAGGGGCGGGCAUUCUGCUGCUACUGCUGGCCGGGGCCGGGGCGGGGGUGUCCUGGAGACCCCCAAAGGGAAAGUGUCCUCUGCGCUGCUCCUGCUCCAAAGACAGUGCCCUGUGCGAGGGCUCCCCGGACCUGCCCACGAGCUUCUCCCCGACCCUGCUGUCACUCUCACUUGUCAGGACUGGAGUGACCCAGCUGAAGGCUGGCAGCUUCCUGAAAAUUCCAUCGCUGCACCUGCUCCUUUUCACAUCCAACACCUUCUCCAUGGUCGAAGAUGAUGCAUUUGCGGGCCUGUCCCACCUGCAGUACCUCUUCAUCGAGGACAACGAGAUUGGCUCCAUCUCCAAGAAUGCUCUCAGAGGACUUCGCUCACUCACACACCUAAGCCUGGCCAAUAACCAUCUGGAGGCCCUCCCUAGGUUCCUGUUCCGAGGCCUGGAGACCCUUACGCACGUGGACCUCCGCGGAAACCCGUUCCAGUGUGACUGCCGCGUCCUCUGGCUGCUGCAGUGGAUGCCCACCGUGAAUGCCAGCGUGGGGACUGGGGCCUGUGCGGGCCCCGCUGCCCUGGCCCACAUGCAGCUCCGCCACCUGGACCCCAAGACGUUCAAGUGCAGAGCCAUAGAGCUGUCCUGGUUCCAGACGGUCGGGGAGUCAGCGCUGGGCGUGGAGCCCUUCUCCUAUCAGGGGGAGCCCCACAUAAUCUUGGCCCAGCCCUUCGCUGGCCGCUGCCUGAUCCUCUCCUGGGACUAUGGCCUGCAGCGCUUCCAGCCCGAGGAAGAACUGCCAGCGCCCUCAGUGGUGUCCUGCAAGCCGUUGGUGCUGGGCCCACGCCUCUUUGUGCUGGCUGCCCGCCUGUGGGGAGGUUCACAGCUCUGGGCCCGGCCCAGCCCUGGCCUGCGCCUGGUCCCCACACAGGCCCUCGCCCCCCGGCGGCUGCUACGGCCCAAUGAUGCUGAGCUCCUGUGGCUGGACGGGCAGCCCUGCUUCGUGGUGGCUGACGCCUCCAAGGCAGGCAGCACCACGCUGCUGUGCCUCGAUGGGCCUGGCUUUUACCCACGCCAGAGCCUGCACGCCUGGCACCGGGACACAGACGCGGAGGCCCUGGAGCUGGAUGGCCGGCCCCACCUGCUGCUGGCCUCAGCCUCCCAGCGGCCCGUGCUCUUCCACUGGACUGGUGGCCGCUUUGAGAGGCGCACCGACAUCCCCGAGGCCGAGGAUGUCUAUGCCACGCGUCACUUCCAGGCUGGUGGAGACGUGUUCCUGUGCCUGACCCGCUACAUCGGGGACUCCAUGGUCAUGCGCUGGGACGGCUCCAUGUUUCGCCUGUUGCAGAAGCUUCCUUCGCGAGGCGCCCACGUCUUCCAGCCACUGCUCAUUGCCAGGGACCAGCUGGCGAUCCUGGGCAGCGACUUCGCCUUCAGCCAGGUGUUCCGCCUUGAGCCUGAGAAGGGGCUCCUGGAGCCGCUGCAGGAGCUGGGACCCCCAGCCCUGGUGGCCCCCCGUGCUUUUAGCCACAUCACCAUGGCCGGACGACGCUUCCUCUUCGCCGCUUGCUUUAAGGGUCCCACUCAGAUCUACCAGCAUCACGAGUUAGACCUCAGUGCCUGAGACCGUGCAGGACCCCGAAGAGGCUGGGGAGCUGUCGUGGGGAGUCUUGGGACCCUGGAUGCACCGCCCCUGGCUGGCCUGCCGGGCCGGCUUGGGGUGCUGGGUGGUCUUAAGAGAUACUGAUCACAGGCCAAGUUCUGCAGCCAGAGUUCUAGCCCUUAGCCCCCUUCUUGGAGGAUCCGGGCCCAAGGGAGGGGCGGGGAGAACGGAAGUUCCCAGCCUACUGUCCUUCCAGCCUGAAGCAACAUCGUGGCUGGGGCAGACGGCCCUCAUCAAAGGCGAUUUGGGGGCUCAGACUGGGGGACCGCACGGAGCGGGAACACAGAGGUCACGAUGGGGGGCCCGUGCCGAGCUCCGCGAGGUACGGAAGCUCCGCCCUCAACCCACUCCCACCCUGCCCGCUCCCGAUGAAAGUGCCGAGGAGCCGACAGCGUUCGUCCCCCCGAACUCCCCGCGGCCAAUCGCUGCCCCGGCGGAGCGCCCCGCCUCCCUGCCGUCUCCGCCUCCGGGCGGGUCUCCGCGCCCGGCUCGCCUCCCGCCCCGGCGGCGUGUGCGCAUGCGUGCUGCGGAGCGCGGCCGGGCGUUGUCCCCCUUGCGCGUGCGCGGGGCGGGCGGUGGGCGAGCGGGGGGUGUCUCUGGAGGCCCCGGGUACUCCCCCGGGUGGGCGAUCAGAGCAAGGACAGAAAAUGUCUGAGUUCAAUAAAGGCGCUGUGUACCCGCCCCA